AAAAGUUUAACGUAUUUGUAAAAUGAAGAUAUACAAUCUUAAUUAAAUUAUAUACAAUAAUUUAAAAUUUUGUGAAUAUUUAUUAUGUUAGUGAGAAAAUCUCGCUAAUUAAUUUGUGUAGUUGUAAAUUACAACCGAUUGCAUGGAAACUUUUUUUUCUUCAUUUUUCCAAAAAUAAAUAAAUAAAAGAAAAUUCAUAAUGGCCAAGUGGUUAGUUGUAGCAGGUUUACAAAAAAUUGUUUUACCAACAAUACUUUUAGCGUGUACCGCAUUUCGACCAUGUCUAUUAUCCGCAAUAUAUUUGAUUCUUCUUUUGGUGCUUCCGUAUAUUCCGCUUGCAACAAAAGAAAACUACCAUUCGGUUACGGGGUUUUAUUUACGAUUAGUGAUGAUUUUGUCAUUUUUAACGUCCAUUUCACAAAUUAUAUUCCAAGUGGUUUUAUUUGCAUUGCCCCCGUAUGCAUACUUUUUAAGUAAUUGUAACGAAACAGAAAAAAUUUUAAGACAUGUUGGUUUCAUUCAUCUUGAAAGUAUUCCUGUCACCACUGCAGUUAUAUGGAUCAUGCCUGAAGUGUUAAUGGUACUGGGUUCAGUAGCAAUAUAUGUUAUAAUUGGCAAAUUAGUAGCUACUAUGGAAGCUCCACCAACGGGAACUGAAGAAUCUGGUGUACAGAAUCCAGUGAAAUUUAAUUCCGUACUUGGUCUCAAGAAAUAUCGCUUUCUAAUGGAAUUUGGUCGAUAUAUUUCAUUAUUAAUGUUAUGUAUUGCUAGCAGUAUGAAACCAUCUCUGGUUGGUGCAAUUUAUUUUAUAACAUUUAUUGGAGCUGCAACUUGGUGGGCGAGUUACAGAGAAUUACAACGUGGCUAUGCAUGGAUGUUAAAAGUUAUUGAACUAAUUGUGGUCCUCCAAUUACUUGGUAUUUAUGUUUAUCAAACACAAUACAUACAAGAUUUAUUACCACAGGAUUCUAUUUAUGCAAGACUGUUUGGUUUAGAAGUACUUAUAUCAGUCAAUUGUGAUGAACCACGUGAUUUUAUAUAUACCAAAACCGAAUGGACCAGUUAUGUUUCACCAAUUACAGUAUAUUGUAUGUAUUUUAUAAUUAUACAAAUUGGAUCAUAUUUAAGAAAUCCACAGUUUAAAAGGAAAAGUGGCACAUUUUCACGUUUGGAGCGUGCUAGCUUAACUGGACCUUUAACACGUAAAAUAUCUGGUAAAGGAAUGAGUCGACAAAAUACGUUACAUGUACGACGUUGGCAAAAUGCAACCCGUAAAGUUAAAUUAUUGCGUGCAGUUAGUACAUCGCAUGGAACUGGAUCUAGACUAAGCGCAUCAUCAAGGAGUGGAGGCGAUGCAAGUACAACUGAUAACAUACCGAUGCAGCCAAUAGGUUCGAAAUUUUCUAUAAAACACUUAGGGGAGGGUCGCCGAGAUACUUUUGGGGGUUUGAAACAAGGAGACGAACAAGAAGAAAGUGUUACCUGCUUGGAAACCACGUUUUAUGCAAUUUGUUCAUUACUAUAUGUUAUAAUUCGUUCAUCAUAUUUGGCCACGAAUAUUAUCAUGAUGACUUGGAGUAUCACUUUUCAUAGUUGGUUAACAUUUGUUUUAUUAUUGUGGGCAAAUAUUUUAUGGUUAUUCCCAAAUCAAAGACGAUCAAUGUUACGUUCAAGUCCUUUAUUGGUUUUAUAUGCUAUAUUUUUGUUACUUUCUCAGUAUAUAUAUACUUUAGACUUGAAAGAAACAGAACUGCCUUCAAAAAUUCAGGGAUAUAAUUUAAAGCAAAUUGGAUUUUAUCGACCGGAACAUUUUAGGUGUUUUCCAAUAAUUAUAAAAAGUCUGUUUACCUGCAUGUUUUGGGUAACAAUGCGGCAAUACAUGCAAGAACGAAAAGAAGCAAAGCAAAAUUCUGCAAUAGCAGAUAUGGUAUCUCCAUUACAAGUAACUAUGGGUGCAGCAAUGAGUGGAAAUGCAGAAGAAAUGCAAGAAAAUCAAUUUGUAAAAAAUAUCGGUAUUUGGGCUAAAUCGUUGCUUACUAAAUAUUGGAUAUGGAUUGUGGCUGGUACUUUGUUUUUAAGUGGUAUAACUGGACAUCGUAUUACCGGAUUUCGCAUUAUAUAUAUGGGCUUAUUUUUAAUAUUUUUGUUUUUAUUCCAGGCAUCAUGGCGUAUUUGGUGCAAAUUUAUGUAUUCAUUCUGGUUGAUUGUAAUCAUUUAUUCAAUGUUCAUUUUAAUUACUGUUUAUACAUAUCAAUUUGAUAAUUUUGAAGAUUAUUGGAGAAAAUAUCUUUUUAUACCCGUUACACUGCAAAAUGACAUAGGCCUAGAAACGUAUGCUACAGCUGAAUUAUUUAUGCGCCUCUUACAACCAACGUUUUUCGUUAUUAUUUCUGUCAUACAAAUGCAUUAUUUCCAUAACGAUUUCUUAAAAAUGACCAAAUUCACAACAUCAACGGAUACAGAACAAACAGAUACCAACACUAUACAAACAGAAUCAAAUGCUGAAGCAACAAGGCAUGUAUCAAUAUCUGCAGAUCCUCGUAGUGAAGGUGAAUCUAUCAAACAUGGAAAAGAUAAUUCAUCUUCAGGAACCCCGACAAAAAAAAGACAUAAAUUUAAUUGGAAAAAAAUUAAAAGUUUAUUAUGUGAUAUUGUGGAUGUAUCAUGGGUUUUCUUUGAAUUUCACAUGAUGAAACUUAUAUUAAUCAGUGCAAUGAUAGUAUGUACAUAUGAUGUUGCGGCAAUACACUUUCUAUUAGUUGUAAUGGCUGUGAUCGCAAUACCAUUGGGAACAAAAUUGCGAUCUACAUUUAGAAUUGUAGCAUUAGGAUUAGUUAGUAUAAUGCUUUUACUGCGUAUGAUUUACCAGAUUGAAUACAUACAUCACAGUAAAUGGGAUGUAAAUUGUACGAGUGAAGAUAAUCUAAACUCUGACAUUUCCGAUAAUAAUGGUACUGCGGAUAUCAAUGAUGAUAUUAAUCCCAACAAUAAUUUAGCCAAAUGGCUUGGAUUUCAAAAAUUAGGACAAAAUGAAUCAUUAUUCGAUUUACUAAAAUGGUAUAUAUUAUAUAUCAUGAUAUCAACGUUUGCAACUGUUGUUGACAUCAGGCAAUUAUAUCAUCGCCAAAGUCGAAAAUUAUCGUUAAUAAGACCGACAGUUAUGUUUCCAAAUAUCUCAAGAGUUGAUGCUGAUAAGGACACUUGGCAUUGUUUGAAAUAUUUCUGUAAUUAUGGAUAUUAUAAGUUUGGUGUAGAGUGCUCUCUACUUGGAACGGCGACUGUUGUCUGUUUUCGCACAGAUAUCUAUGCAGUAAUUUAUGGAAUAUGGUUGGUAGCAUUAUGUAUAUCAAGUCGUGAAAGAAUUCAAAAAAUGUGGUCUCUCUACAUCGGAUUUAUUGUUAUCGUAAUACCUUUGCAAUACUUUUGUGUGGUUGGGUUGCCACCAAAUUUGUGUAUUGAUUUUCCAUGGAGUGAUACAGAAUUAUUGAGACGAAUACAAGAUUGGUUCUUUUUAAUGGAUAAUAAAAUACCACCACCGGCUACUAAAAUUAUUUUGGACUUUAUUCUUUUAAUAUUAUUGGUGCGCCAGAAAAUUGUUUUCUCAAUUGAAGAUCGAUUUGAUAGAGUUGAUGUGGAGUAUGCAGGUGGCAGUAAUAAGGAUAUUAUUAAAGAUGCUGAUAUCAUCGAUUUCGUAAAUCCUGUGCCAGAUUUUGUUACAACCAUUAAGAAUUGGCUAGAUAUUUGGAAGCGUGCUGUUUUUAUAGCUUUUCUUUGGAUUAUUUUAGCAAUAAUUUUCUUAACUGGUACAAAUCGUGUGAAUGUAUUUUCAAUUGGAUAUCUAAUUGGUACAUUUAUAUUUUUAUGGCAAGGAUCUGAUUUAUUUUUGCGUCCGAUUGCAAAUAUUGUUAAAAUAUGGGAGCAUUUAAUUAUUUACAAUGUUUUUGUAAUUAUGAUGAAGGCAAGUUUACAAAUACUCGGGUGUAUAUUUAUAAGAGUGACAGAAAGCUAUUCAUGUUGGGCAAUUGAAAUGUUUGGAAUUGGUUGCAUUCGAUAUUUUUCGGAUCUAUUUGCAAAUGUUGCACCAGAUCCUUUAGAUAAUGACGAGAGAUGUGCAGUUAUACCAAACAGCGAUGUUAGCUUAAAUUGGGAUUUGGCAUGUUUUGCGUGCUUAAUUUUCCAACGGCGUAUAUUUAAAAGUUAUUACUUUUUCCAUAUCAUUGAUGAUACAAAAGCAAUGACAAUUUUGGCUUCACGUGGUGCAGAACUGAUUGAAGAUUUGCGUGGUAAACAUGUGAAAGAACAAGAGGAGAAGGAAAAAUUGAUAUUGGAAAAUAUUAAAACAAAAAUGGAUCGCAUUAAAGAAAAUCAGCGAAAAAUUCAGGGUCCUACGUACAAAGAACCUGAUAGUCAUUAUGUCGAUCAUCUGUUUCGUCCACAUCGGCCGUUAUAUCGAAAAAGGGUACCACGAUCAUACCGAGAGGCUAUUCGUUCUGGAGAUUAUUACAUGUUUGAUAAUAUUGAAGAUGAGGAAGAUAUUGAUUACAUCCAAAAACAAGAAGAAAGUAAAGGAUUAAAGAGUGACGAUGUAACUUUGGGCGAGCUCAUAUCAACCGUAUUAAAAACUAAAGAUUUUUCAACAAAAACAAUAAUAUUGCAUGCACGCUCUUUAGAACGCAUUAGAGCUUUACGGCGUGCAAGUAUGCCAUCUAGCGGUGAACCACUUGUUAGGCGACAACAGUCGACAAUAUCUGCGCCUUCGCAUCUCCCAUCCACUACCACUCGUUCCGAUCCUAAUAAAGAAGAAAAAGCACCAUUAAUGUCACCAAGUGGCAGUACGGAACCAUCACCAAGUAAGAAAUCUGGUGGUAAACUAACUAGGAAAGGAUCAGAUGAAACAAUACAAGAAGAUUAUGAAGAAUACAUAUUACAAGAUGAAACGAAAACUUUAGGUCAAAAAUUACAUAUUGGGCUUUUAAUAUGUUGGGCAUUUAUACGAAGUGCAUUGCUUAGUUUGACAUUGUUAUUGAAUAAAUUUUCCAAAAAUUAUCGAUUUGUAUCGAAAGUUUUAACCCAGGAAAAAAAAUUACUAAAGGAAGGAACAGCUUUCCGAGUAGGAAUUCGACGAGGCCCAGCACAAGUGUGGCAACCAUUGCCUUCAUCUUUUGAAAUUUUGCAUUCAGCCGGAAUUCAUUCAAAUAUUAGGAUUGAUGCAUCUUCAAAUGAAAAUCCUGCAGAACCAUAUUUUGAAUCAACGGAACCACGCCCCUCCAGGAGAAAAUCCAGUAAUGUAACUACAUUGCCUGAAAUUCGUAUAUUAGCUCCAUCACAGGAGCGAGGUCUCGAUGAAGAUACUGUUUCAAACGUAUCCACAGAUUCACAUAGUACUAACGGAAGGUAUUCAAUGCCACAUGAUAUAAUUGAGGAUAAACCAGAAGAAGAAAUGUCCUCAGCAGAUCAACCUGUACCAAUUCGAUUGGCCUUAGCAAUAUGGUUUGUUAUUUUAUCCAAUUCAGAAAUAGUUUGUUUCUUCAUGGUAUUUUUAAAUCAAAUCAAAUCAGCAUCGAUUAUUUCACUUCCUUUACCUUUAAUGGUAUUUCUAUGGGGGACCUUAACCAUACCAAGACCAUCAAAAACAUUUUGGGUGACAAUGAUUGCCUACGUAGAGGUGAUUGUAAUAAUAAAAUGCAUGUUUCAAUUUCAAUUUUUACCUUGGAAUGACACUGAUUUCAAUACGAAUCCAUUCUUUCCACCAAGAAUACUUGGUAUAUUAAGAAAACCACAAUAUGCAGUUUAUGAUUUGUUACUAUUGUUGGUUAUAUUUUUCCAUAGGUCGAUGCUAAAGUCAUUGGGAUUGUGGAAAACAAGUUAUGCUCCCAUUCCUCACUUUGGGGCAAAUAUAUUUCACACAGAUGCUGCACCACUUGUUACGAGUUCAAUCAAACCUUCAACAACUGUAGACCCAGAACCAUCAACAUCUCAAGAUAAAGAUCAAGAUAUAAAAGCAAGUGUAAAUGUCGAUACAUCUGAUCACGAAAUAGUAACACCAGGUGGUUUACGUUUGAGAAAACAAGCACUUCAAUCAACAGAGCAAACUGUUGAUGAAGAUGGUAAUACAUCUGUAAGUAAAGUAAUAACUACAGCGUACACAAUGCCAGAAUCAUCAGACGAUCGCAUUGAAGAAGAUGAUGAGUUAGUUUUAAUUACAACACAGCCACAUGAUCAUUACGAUUAUUUUCCAAAUGUCAUCUGUUUAUCGUUCAAAAAGCAUUUUAGUCCCUUCCAGAAUUUCUUUAAAGCUUUAUAUGAUCCAACUUUACGUGUGGCUACUGAUGUAUACGCAUAUAUGUUUAUGUGUGACUUUUUCAACUUUUUGGUUAUCAUUUUUGGAUUUUCUGCUUUCACUACUCAGCAAGGAGAUGGUGGCGUUCAAGCUUAUUUAACAGAAAAUAAAGUUCCAAUACCAUUUUUAUUGAUGUUAAUAUUACAAUUUACACUUAUAUUAAUUGACCGAGCGUUAUUUUUACGAAAAUUUAUAUUGGGUAAAAUUAUUUUUCAAUUUUUCUCAAUUAUUGGUGUUCAUAUUUGGAUGUUUUUCAUAUUACCUGCAAUUACUGAAAGACAAUUCAAUGCUCAACUGCCACCACAAAUGUGGUAUAUGGUUAAAUGCUUUUAUUUAUUAUUAUCAGCAUAUCAAAUUCGUAGUGGCUAUCCAACAAGAAUUCUCGGUAAUUUCUUAUGUAAAGGGUACAAUUACAUAAAUUUUGGAUUGUUCAAAGGAUUUAUGUUUGUACCAUUUUUAUUUGAAAUCAGAACAAUAAUGGAUUGGAUUUGGACAGAUACUUCAAUGACUAUUUUUGACUGGUUAAAAAUGGAAGAUAUUUUUGCAAAUAUUUUCCUGUUAAAAUGUAGCCGGCAUAAUGAAAGUGAAUUUCCUCAAGAACGUGGCGUAAAAAAGCCGAGUCUUGUCAAAUAUGUUAUGGGUGGUUCAUUUUUAAUGAUAAUUAUUUUAAUUAUAUGGUUCCCGCUAGCAUUGUUUGCGCUUGUUAAAAGUGUUGGAUUGGUGAAUAUACCAAUUGAUGUAACAUUAGAAAUGCGAAUUGGACCUUAUCAAUCAAUAUAUUCGAUGUCAGCACAAUCAAAUCAAAUUAUUCCGUUUAACCAUCAAAAAUGGUCAGCAUUAAAUUCUUUAUACGUAAAUAACAAAGAUCGAGAGGCCACCACAUUUUUAUCAAAUUAUGAAUUCGAUGAUAUUGCUCAAGUAGUUUUAAGCGGUAAUUCAACAGUAGUAUGGAAUAUUUCACCGCCAGACUUGGAACGUUUAAUUGAGGAAUUAAAUUCAACAAAUACUAUAACGGUACGCGCACAGUUUCACAUAAAACGAGAUCCAGCCGAUACGAAAAAUAUGCCUUUAGAUUUAACAUAUGGAUUGAGUUAUGAUAUUCUUGCAAAGAAUGAAGAAGGGAAUAUAAAUCCAACACGUGUUGGGUUAAUGAAAAUGUUAAAAGGUGAACCAAACAUACCACCUAUUACAAUACCAUACAUGUUGCCAAAAUUCUUAAAAGUAACAAAUUUGGGCGAAGUAGCACCAGUGAAUAGUUUAUUACGAAAAUUGGAAUAUGAUACAGUGUUACGUAAUAUUACUAUACAAUUAAGCAGAUCGCCAGCAUCGCCUACGAAACCAUCCCAACAAUGGUGGGAAAUACGUGAAGUGUGUCAAGGAUACAAUUAUGAUACAUACUUGAAUGUGUUGCCGGGUAGCGAUUGCAAUUUUAUACAGAUUUAUAUGUUUAAUGAAAAGAAGUUCCCAGCAACAUUGAGCUUUAUUUCUGGAGGAGGAAUAAUCAGUUUAUAUACAACUUUAGUCUUCUUUGCUUCCCGAUUUGUUCGAGGUUUCUUCUCUGAUCAAUUUUCAAAAAUAAUGUUUGAAGAUUUACCUAAUGUUGAUCGUAUCAUGCAGUUGUGUCUUGAUAUAUACUUAGUGCGCGAAUCUCGUGAAUUAACAUUAGAAGAAGAUCUAUUUGCUAAACUAGUGUUCUUGUAUAGAUCACCAGAGACGUUAAUAAAAUGGACUAGACCGAAAUAUGAGCUUGAAGGAGAUGAUUCUGACAGACAGCCAAGCAUUGACAAUUAAAUUGCCUUAACAAAUUACCAAAUUUUUAAUUAUGUAAAUGUUUUAAUAUAUUCGAUA